AUGACUGCUCAAAGAAAAGAAAAUGGUACCACGACUGCUGAGUUAAGUGAAAGCCUGGACUCCGCUGUGCAACGCACCAAUGAUGAUAGUGUUGUCAGUAAACGCUCUGCUGUAUACCACCGUUAUAUUGAUGAUUCCUAUCUACGUUACUUUGUUCGUAAGUUGUCUAGACGAUCUCCUCUCAUUAACAGAGGAUAUUAUCUUCGUAUGAUGGUUAUUACAGAUGUGGUCGAACGUUGUAUUCAUCAUCUUGGGAAUAUAAAAAGAAAUGCACAUUCAAUCCCUAUACAAGUUAUCUCACUUGGUGCGGGUUAUGAUACUCUGGCGUUUCGAUUGAAAAGAGAAGAAGAAAAGUAUACUAAUGUACACUUUUACGAAAUAGAUUUUCCAUCAGUGAUGCGAAGUAAAGCGGAAUUAAUAAAAGCCGCCCCAAAGGGGGCUUUUCCUGAAGAUGUCAUUGCAGAACCAAAUAAAGACUUGGUUAUGUUACAUGGGAAGAACUAUCAUGCGAUUGGAGUAGAUUUACGAGAUACAGAAAAAGAUUUUAUUUGUAAAUUAAAAGAAGCCUCAUCUGAUUUUUCUCCACAUCAUCCUACACUUUUAUAUGCAGAGUGUGUAAUGCAAUAUAUGCCUCCAGCUGCAUCUUCAGAGUUAAUUAAACGAGUGGUGGAGUCCUUUGAUACGGCCAUUGUUGUGGCUUAUGAUCAAAUAAGUCCUUUUGAUAGUUUUGGUGAAGUUAUGCAGAAUUCUCUUCGUGGAAAGGCGAGUCCGCUGCUUGGACUUUUACAAUUUCCAGAUGGGGCAUCUAUGAUUCAGCGUGCUGUUGAACAGGGAAUGAAGGAAGCUCGUUUUGCCAAUUUUCAUGAUUUAUCACGAUAUUAUAUUUCAGGUGAUGAAAAGCAACGAGUAGAGGCAUUAGAGCCAUUUGAUGAGACGGAGGAAUGGUGUGAAAUGUGUAAACAUUAUGGUAUCACAAUGGCUUGUACAUCAAGGGAAAUUGGAUUACCUUCUCAUCCAUCCUUUCUCUCAAAAGAAGAAACAGAAACCCUCACAUCUACCGAAACAACAACGGAGAAGUCUUCUCUAUUGAGUGAAGGGAUGAAAAUUUCUGUUCGUUCUGAGAAAUGGCCAACAGGUCGAUUUGGUUUUGAAGGAUGGGGUAAUGGACAAGCCUAUGCAGAGGAACUUCCAUCUGGAGAUGUGCUUAUUAUCUCAUUUGGUGGAUUUUCCGCUACAAAGAGUCAUCAGAGAAUUAAUACAGUGUAUGUUCACAGUCUUCGCGAUGGAGAAUGUAAAAUAACGUUAGCAGAUGCGAGUCUUGCCCCACCACCACUUGUAUUUCAUUCCUUUACUCGCAUAGCACCUGGAAUGUAUGUUGUGAUGGGUGGUCGUACAAAUCCUGGUGAUGUGAAGAUGGAUGCGUAUAUGUUAAACCUUGAUUUAUCUCUUCAAGAACAACAACAAAUACAAAAACCGCAUGUAGUAGCUGUUUGGUCAAAACUUGAACAGGUGUGUGAAUCGGGAAAUUUACCUGUGGCUCGAUAUCGUCAUGCGGCAGUGGCUAUUCCAAUGAAGAAUAAUAAUUUUAACACCGUAGAAGUUCAACAACAACAAGAAGAAGAAGAAAAAGGUAAUAAAGUCUGUGGAAAUAUAUUUGUAUUUGGAGGUCGAACGGCAGAAGGUUCUCUAUUAAAUGAUGCAUGGAUGGCAAUAGUACAUACAGGUAAGAAAAUUCAUUGGAAACGUAUUUCUCUCACAGGUGAUAUUCCCCCACCGUGUUGUUCCUCUGCUGUCAUUAACCUACAUGUAGACAAUACUGUACUCAUUACUGGUGGUUUAGUGGAUGGGGAUUGCUGUGAAGACUCUGCAUGGAGUGUGAAUUGUAUUACAGGCAUCUCUCAAUGUUUACCACACGCCGUUGUGGCCCCGCGAUUCUCUCAGAGUAUGUCUCAUGUAUGUAUAGACGGUGUGGAACGAAUUCUUGUUCUUGGUGGUUCAUCCUGUCAUCCACGUGGAAAUCAACAACAACAAGAAGUAGCCGUUCUCCUAGAUGCCAUCACGGGAGAAAAAGUUUCUGUUCUUUCACUGCCAGUGGAGUGUCCAACGUGGACUCGACAUUGUUGUGUUACUUUAGGUGAAGGUGUAGUCGCUGUGUUGGGUGGGGGAUUUACAUGUUUCUCAUUUGGUACAUUUGCAGCCAAACCAUCUUUACUCUUUCUUGGUGAUCAUUGUCAUUGUCAUUGGCAAAUGACGAACCGACAAGCAGAAAAAACACCUUUGAGUCUCUUACAGAAUACUUCAUCUCCUCUUUUCUCAUUUAAGAGAGCCGCAGUGGAGGAGCAGAGAUUUAGUAAAGAGGCAUUUUUAAAACUGGCACAACAUCCAAUAAAGCCUGUGGUAUUUCGAAAAGUAAAUAUGGGUGAUUGUGUUCAUUUGUGGUCUGAUCCGGAUUAUUUGAAAAAGAAGGAAGGGGAUACUACUGUCUCUGUACAUGUGGCUCGAGAAACGCAUCUUCUUGAUUUUGUAAAGAAAAAUUUUUCAUUUCAGCAUCUCCCAUUUUCUAAACUUGUAGAUCACUGUGUAAAGGCAGGAGCCGCAGUGGAAAAGAAACCGAAACAACAAGAAGAAAAAGAAAAAGAUGAAAAAGAAGAACAAGAACAAGAGAGAAAUAAUGAGAAUGAGGAAACAUGGUAUCUACGUGCGGUAGCAGCUAAUAUGAAAAGUGAACGUUCUAAUAUAUGGAAAGACUUUCCUGCAAUUGGAAAUGAUUUUGUAUUACCUGAAGAAAUAAAAGAAUAUAUUGAACCACGUAUGCAUCAAGCCUGUUUUCGAUUAAGUGCACCACCAUUAGAAUUAUGGACACAUUACGAUACGCUUGAUAAUGUGCUAUGUCAGGUUGUGGGGACAAAACGUGUGGUUAUUUUUCCUCCUAGUGAAUAUAAUAAUCUUUAUAUGAAUGGAAGUUCAUCUUCUGUGCUUAAUAUUAAUGCACCUGAUUUAACACGUUUUCCUCGUUUUGCAGAUGCUUGUCGUCAUGCAAUGGAAGUAAUACUUGAACCAGGUGAUAUGUUAUUCUUACCAUCCCUCUGGUUUCAUCAUAUUACGACAAUGGGAAAUAGUCAUUGUAUAAGUGUAAAUGUUUUCUUUGAGCGAUUUCCUCAUGAAGAUUAUGAUAAGAAGGAUUUAUAUGGAAAUAAAGAUCUCCCAGCAGCUGCACGAUUACGUAAAAAUAUUGUUGAAAAGGUACAAGAUCUUCUCUCUCAGGCAUCAACAGAACGAAUGAGUGAUGGAAAACUAAUAACACAAGAUUUUGUGGAGUUUGCACUUCGGCAAGCCAUUCAAGAUUUGGAAGAGUUGGGUGAAAACAUGGCCGCAGCACGCCGAGGACGUGAUCAUCUAUAA